GCGAUUUCGCAGGCUUCAGCUGGCAAAGCGCCGCAGAUGAAAAAGCCAAGUUUGUUCAUCCUGAGGCCAAGGAUACCAUCAACGGGACUUGUUUCAUCUGCAGAAUGAAGUACUUCCGCAUCCGAGAAGGUGACAUGUGCGUGGACUGCCAUGCGAUGCCUCCACUGGUACAGUUGUUGCGCCAAGAGCCAGAACCGAAGCGCAAGCCUCCAGCCAAACGGUCCUCCUCGUCCUCCGAGUGCAAGGCUGCCGAUCCGAAGAAGCCUGCACGCAAGCCCAAAGCAAAAGCGGCACAGGUUCUUUCUCCAAAGAAGAAGCCUGCGUGCAAACCCAGAGUCACAGAGGUUGCCUGUCCAGAGAAAAGCCUUGUGCGCAAGCCCGAAGUCGCAAAGGUGGCUGCACGGAAGCGCAGAGGGGAAGAGGUUGCAUCUCCGAAGGUGGCUGCACGGAAGCGCAGAGGGGAAGAGGCCGCACAGAAGGUGCCUGCACGCAAGCCCAGAGUGGAAGAGGCCGCUUCUUUCCAGAAGGAGCUUACACGGAAGCCCAAUGUCCCAGAGGUUGCGUCUGCGAAGCAAAAGGCAAAGCCUGCAAGCAAGCCGAGUGUCAAGGAGGAGGGUGCAUCCUCCGUCACAGAGGCCAAUGUUGGCCCGGUCACGACUGUUCCAGUGAAACUUCGCUGCUUGGUUUGGCGAGGGGCUCACUCCUUUGCAAUGGUGAAAGCAACUGGAAAGCGCCCUCUCCUGACUGCUUUGCAAAAAGCCAAGCAACUGCGUGAGAUGCUGGCCAGUUUGCCGAAAUCGUCCCGUGGCAACCACGACAAGAGGGAUGCCCGUCGAUUGGUGCGAGAUCCUUCACGAUCCCAGUGA